UGAAGCUGGUGGUUCUCAGUUUCCUCCUGCUUAGUGUUAAGUCAUUCAAAAUUCGCAUUUCUACAACUGUGGGGCUACUUUGCAUUUUUCAUUUAAAAUAUAGUUAACUUAAGGGUUUAUUCGACAUGUAUCUUGUUAAACUUAUUUCGAGAGGUAUCCUGCUGUGUAGUGUUUUGUUCGCGGGAUGUUCAAAGUGCAUAAGUGCAACGUCCUCAUUAAUGGCAGUUUCAAUGCUCACUAGGCAUGGAGACAGGGCACCUGAACGGGGAUAUCCUUUAGACCCUUAUGCGGAAUAUGAAUGGCUUGGCGGAUAUGGUGCAUUAUCACCGAAAGGAGUCCGCGAACUGUAUCUAUCAGGAUUAAUCAAAUCACAAAGAUACGCAUCUCUACUGUCACCGACGUGUCUGAUUGGACCAUGCACCUUUGACCUGAAUAAGAUUUAUGUUCAAAGUAGUUCAGUUCCGAGAUGUAUUGCAAGUGCAACAAGUUUCUUGGAAGCAUUUCUUCCAAUACAGUGGCCACAGGAGCUAAUAGUCGUACCACCCGCGUCCGAAGAUGAGAUAUUGGCAUUUGGCAAACCAUGUCCAAAUUACGACUCCGUUAUGAGAAUGGGGCCUGACCUAAACUCGCCAGAAUUCAAAGAAGUCAUCGACUUUGAAAGUGAAGAAGGACAGCAUCUGUUAGAUUACCUCAGAGAAAGGACUGGAUUGAAUUUGACCACAUCUAUGGAGAUGCUGCUCCUCUUAGAUACAAUAUCUGUUCAACUUGAUAAUGGAUUUGAAUUACCCCAAUGGGCCGAAUCUGUCUAUGAUCAAUACCUGACACCCCUUUCGAACGUGGCAAUCAAAAUAUGGGGGGAUUCCGAAUACAUAAAAAUUCGCAGCGGGGCUCUGCUAAAAAACAUAAUUGAUCGACUCGAUAACUUCACCAAUGGAAUCAGUGAACAGAAUAUAGUGUUCUACUCAGCUCACGAUAUGAAUAUUUUGGGGCUUUUAUACCUUUUAGAUAUGAAACAUAUAAUUACUGGCAGUCCUGCUUACGGAGCAGUGUUUGCUAUGGAGCUACAUGAAAAUGGUGAAGUUGACGAUGAUUUGGAAGUAAAGAUUGUAUACUAUACACACUACGGGGAUGAGAAUCCCAUCGAAGUUUCAAUACCAAAUUGUGAAGCUCCGUGUCCUUUCAAAACAUUUAAAGACAGUGUCGAAUCUAAGCUCACAUUGAAUUAUGAGCAAGCAUGUCUAGAGUAGCCAAUAAUGAU